AUGACAUCGAACGUUAACAAUACACGUAUUCCUACUUAUCAAUGGAGUUUUGCCGUUCGUGGCUCAGUGACAUUAAUUAUUGAAGAUAUAUCCAUUCAUUCAUUUGAGCAAACAGUAUACAAAGUGUUAAAAAAUAGUAUAUCAAAAACUGUUCAACGUUAUUGUAAUGAACAUGAAUGUUUUACACAUGAUUCAGAUGUAAUCAGGCCAGAACAUAUAAUUAUUCAAGCGUAUGAAUCUCACAAUAGUCGUCAAUUAUACGUUUCAAUGUUUGUAAAAGAUCCUUAUCAUGAUGAUAUCGGAUUGACAAAUGAUCAAUUUUUACACGCAUUGCGUUAUAAUCAACAAGAAUUGUGUCGUGAUAUUAAACAUCAGAUAAAUCUACCAUUAGCAUUUUUUGAACAACAAUCGCCAAUUGAACCUGUAUGGAUUUAUGGAGCAUGUUUGUUAGCUUUACUCACGUUGGUCAUAAUAGUGGCAAUACUACGAGCCAACAGCGAUCCAUCCGACUAUAGUCAAGAACGAAAACAACAAUUAAAGAAAAAUAACGAAAAAUGCUUACACAGUCUCUUGACAACACCCAUUCGAUCUGUCGAUGAAGAAAUUGCCUCAUCUACCGAUAUCAAUGAAACAGAAAGUUCAAAUGCCUCGAAUACACUUGAUACAACAACAGCUAGAACUUCAUGUAUUCAAAUUAAAAAUAAUACGUCUUAUUUUCAAUCUGCUAUUGAAAAUGUUAUUCGUCAUCGAGACGAUGAUCCAAUACCAUUUAUAGAUGAAACAAUAUCAGCAGGUGCUAGCAGAAAAAGUUCGGCAUGUUGGAGUGAACGAACGAGUUUGAGUAGCCGAUUUGGAUUACGAUUUAAACGAUUACAUACUCAUAAUUAUCGAGUUUCCGGUAAUGAUGCCAUAAUAACAUUAGAACCCCAAAACAGAUCCAACAGUAACUUGAAAGAAAAAUCUCAUGGACAAAAACGACAACAACAAUGA